AUGUCCGCUAAGUCGACUCUCAUUGCCGCGGCGGUCAUGCUGGCCAUGGCACCGCUCCACGCCGGCGCGCACAUGGUUCUGAAAAGCCCGGUCCCCUACGGCAACCCCAACAACUCUCCUCUCGAGGCCACCGGCUCCGAUUUCCCUUGCAAAGCCGUUCCCUACACCGUCAACACCAUGAAUGAAUGGCCAGUGGGCUCCGAACAAACACUCUCAUUCACCGGCACCGCUGUUCAUGGCGGCGGCUCCUGCCAAAUCAGCGUAACCACCGACAAGGAGCCCACAAAAGAGUCAAAGUGGAAAGUCAUCUACUCAAUCGAAGGUGGCUGUCCCGUUGAGGCUGCAGGUAAUCUUGACCAAAACGGUCCUAGCACCAACAAUGCCUUCAAGUACACUGUGCCUGCCGAGCUCCCUAAUGGGGUCAUGACAAUGGCAUGGACGUGGUUCAACAAAAUCGGAAAUCGGGAGAUGUACAUGAACUGUGCGCCCAUUACUGUCUCUGGUGGCUCUGAUGACACAGCUGGCUUCGAUGCGCUCCCCGACAUGGCAGUCGCCAAUAUCGGGGUCGGUACAUCCUGCGGCACAACCGCCGACAGCAAAGACUUCACCUUUGAGAACCCCGGAAAAUACGGCACGUCUGUCGGAACAGGUCCAUUUGUGGAUCUCUGUUCAGGCAAGACUACUCAGGCAAGCUCCUUCAGCGGUGGCAGUGGUGGUAGUGGCAACACCGAUACUGAUCCUGCUCCUGCCCCCGGUAACUCAUCUGCCGCCAAUCCUCCCUCUACUCCAACGGCUUCUCCACCCGUAGCCACGCCACCCUCCCUGUCCACCACAGAAUCAACUUUCCGCACCAUCAAAACUGUUACUGCGCCCAUGCCCCCACUGCCCUCCAAGACGGAUGGUGUAUUCGCUCCAGGCGCUAGCUCCGCUAUCAUUCCAACUGCAUCCGCCGUCGCCCCAUCUGCGCCUCUCCGUCCCACAGGUCAAUCUCCUGCAGCAUCAGUAUCGCCUCAGCCACAGCCGUCGGCCACACCCUCUCCCGGAGGUCCUACUGUGGGUUCCGGAGAAGAGGCGUGCAGCACUGAUGGUGCUACCGUUUGCUCAGCCGAUGGUACAAAGUUUGGGACUUGUAACUUUGGCAAGGCGAUUAUGCAGCCUGUUGCUGAUGGGACAACAUCCUUGAAUCUUGUAAUUCCCACUGCCCUCAGGAGUUUAAAGGACAUGAGCGAAGACAACGGUCACCCAACGCGCGAUGGAGAUCAGAACCAAUGCCGUACUAAUCAUACCGUAUACGAAACUCAACUCGAUGACGGUUGCGAUACGAAUUCUCGACCCCAGCAGCCACUAGGCGACGUUAAUACUCAGGGUGAUGAAGAUCGGGAUAUGCAUCCGUCAAUACAUCUUAUACCUGCUAGCGACAGAGAUGAAACACAAUAUAACCCCCAGUCGACACAUCACGUAUCUGGUAGUGACAGAGAUGACGAUCAGAAUGUUUAUCAGUCGACACAGCUCAUAUCCGUUAGCUGUAGAGAAUCAACUGCGCCCACCCCUGGAUCUUCAGUGACGCAACGUAAAACAAGUGUCACCAGACCACCAUGGUUAUCGUCAACCUGGGCACGCCCGCGAGCUACUAUUGCUCUUAUCAUCUUAUUCUAUCUUACUGCUGUACUACUCGCCACUGCCCAUGCAAUCUUUUACAUUCGCCUCGACGGUACUCUUGCCGAGAACCGUGUACUAGAACAAUCUGAGGUCACCGCCAUCUCUCUGCUCAUCACGACGUUGUUCAGAGCAAGCCUAGUCGCCAGCGUAGGCCUUGCAUUCACACAACACUUAUGGAGGAUAUUUCGACAAAGGCUCCUGCGCAUAGCUCAGAUAGAGCAGCUGUUCCAUAUCCGCUCAAACCCCCUUGAGUUGGCCAAAGUCAGUAUCGUGAAAGAUGCGCCUUUCCUGUUCCUCAUGGCUAUCUUCGCUUGGCUUUUGCCUCUAGCGGUGAUCUAUCCUCCGUCGUCUCUUACGGUUACUUCCCGACCCUAUACCUCGAUUCAGAACAACAGCAUCUCGAUCAUGAAUGCACCUCCUCCAGAUGAUGUCGACCUCCUUUAUCCUGAUGAUACUUCGGUCCCCAGUCUCGCGUAUUUAAAUAGGGCUUCCAUGCCACGAAACUCAGGGUUGACAACAUCCGAGUCAGAUGGUGUAGUAAGUUAUACUUAUGUCCAGCCUUCUAGACCAGUUUUCAGCCUAGCAAAACUGGUUUUACUGACUGGGGAGAUUUUGGCGUUCCCGUCGCCAAAGAGUGAGAACAUGAGCUACUUCUUGGAGUACCGAACCCUACAGCUUGAUUGCAAGCAAGAGAUACGAAACUGGACGUAUAGCAACAAGAUUAACGACUACGAUCCCAUGUUCAAAAUUAUCUGGAAUUCUACAGUUUUCAACAUCAGCACCAUACGCUAUCCUGGAUUUUACGGUUAUGAUGAAUCUUCCAAGGAGUACAAGUAUGCAGUAAGCACCGAAAGCUCAAUCUGUGAGCCCUUCUCGGCACUGAUGAAUCUGGAUAUCUCAUUCACUCGAGGCGUACGGGACAUCAGUUACACUAUGAGAGGCAAACAGCCAAUGCCCAAUAUCACCAGAAGCGAAUACAGAUUCCCGUACGGGAAAGGCAAACCAUGGCCGAACAUUUCCGAUGUUCCCGAUGGCACUUCGGAGUAUGCUGAUUGGGUUCUGCAGACAAGAGACCGUCUUACAAGCUGGGAUACUUAUGCGCCAAUGGAUGCCUCUCUCCAGAGUCUGCAAUACACAUGGGAGGGCUUCAAGGGUGAUCUUGAAGACUGGGAUUAUACGCAAUGGAACGGGACCAUGCAGCCAUUGUUUAACAGUACUAUCAGGAGAAACGACACGAUCAUUGAGUGGUCUGCGUUUAACGCACAGCGAUACAAUGUCACUUCCAUAUACAACACAGAAAUCGAUGACACAGUGGAGUUCGGAAACGAUUACAAUUGGAUAUGGAAGGAGGACUUUGACCCACGUCGAGAUCUAGAUUUGAGCGAAGAUAUGCUCAAUGAAUUUCUUACUAAUGUGAGCAUCUCGGCACUCAACCUCGACACAUGGCGCGUACCAUAUCCAGUCAACAUAACGGAGUAUCGGACCACGUAUCACUUUUCCAGGCCCAUGAACUUGAUCAUUCCAUACGCUUUGUCUCUCGCCUUCGCACUCGUUUCCAUUGGUAUCGGGAUCUGGUCGCUUAUAGCGAACGGUGUUCCUGCGUCGGACGGAGGUUUCUUGCAGGUUGCGACCGCGACAACAAGCCGCACUGAGAUGGACAAGCUGAUUGAGAGCGACAGCGCUGAAAAAAACCAGGAUGGUGUUAGAAGACAGCUGUUAGGUAUGAAGAUCCGCUACGGAGAGCUAGUAGACGACGGUGGCGUAGGUGCAGGUCGGGCGGGCUUUGGAACGCUUGCUGAGACGAGGCCGCUGGGAACGAGAACAAGUAAAGAGUAG